AGUAAGCCAAAAGUGACCUUUCACACUGGUGUCUCCUCUCUUGCUGUGUGUGGUCAUAACAAGACAUGGCGGACGCCUCAGCCAAAAGACAGGAGUCCUUCACUUGUCCAGUUUGUCUUGAUCUACUGAAGGAUCCAGUCUCCAUUCCAUGUGGACACACAUAUUGUUUGGGCUGCAUUAAAGGCUGCUGGGAUCAAGAGGAUGGUAAAGGCAUCUACAGCUGCCCCCAGUGCAGACGGACAUUUACGCCGAGACCUGCUGUCAGUAAAAACACUCUGAUUGCUGAGCUGGUGGAGGACUUCAGGAAGACUGGACUGGCUGCUGCUUCUGCUAAGUCUUCUUCCAGAAUUGGAGAUGUCAAAUGUGACCUCUGUACUGGGAGAAAACACAAAGCUGUGAAGUCCUGUCUGGAUUGUCUGUUGUCUUACUGUAAAACUCACUUCAAAGCUCACAAUGAACUGAAUCCAGGAAGAAACCACUCAGUGAUUGAUGCCACAGACCAGCUACAGGAGAGGAUCUGCCCCCGCCAUAAGAAAGUAUCUGAAAUAUUUUGUCGUACUGAUCAGAAUUGUAUCUGCUACCUGUGCGCAAUUGAUGAACAUAAAGGCCAUGAUCUAGUCACAGCUGCUGCAGAAUGGAUGGACAAACAGAAACAGUUGGGACAGACCCAGCAGAGAUUUCAGCAGAGAAUCCACGAGAGAGAGAAGGAUCUGCAGGAGCUGAGGGAGACUGUAGAGACUCUCAAGAGCUCUGCACAGACAGCAGUGGAGGACAGUGAGAGGAUCUUUACUGAGAUGAUCUGCUCCAUUGAGAGAAGGCGUUUUGAGGUGACAGAGCUGAUCAGAGCUCAGGAGAAGGCUGAGGUGAGUCGGGCUGAAGGACUCCUGAAGCAACUGGAGCAGGAGAUUGCUGAGCUGAAGAGGAGAGAUGCUGAGCUGGAGAAGCUUUCACACACAGAGGAUCACAUCCAUUUCCUCAAGAAUGUUGUGUCAGUCACUGGUCCUCCUUGGCAUACAGUUUCAACCUGCAUGACCUUUGCCGAAAGUGUCUCUUUUGAGGCUGUGAAGGAAUCUGUGUCUACAGUCAAGGCGCAGCUGGAGGAGAAACUGGAUGCCAUCUUCAAAGAGGAAGUAGCCAAGAUAUCUGCAGCAGUGACACAUAUCCAGAUCAUCCAGUCUUUAGAAUAUUCUGAUCCUGAACUCCCAAUCAGAAGAACAUCAAGUAACGAUGCGAUGCCACCAAUCAUGUCUGAUGUCCAGGCUGUUUCUACUGAGCCAGUAACCAGACAGGAGUUCUUAAAGUAUUUAUGUCACUUCACAUUUGAUACAAACACAGCACACAGACAAUUCCAUCUGACUGAGGAGAAAAGGGGGAUGGAGAGGAGAGAUGAGCUCCAGUCAUAUCCUGAUCAUCCAGAGAGAUUUGAUGAGUGGAGGCAGGUGCUGUGUAGAGAGGGGGUGUCUGGACGCUGCUACUGGGAGGUGGAGUGGAGUAACGGGGUUUCUAUAGCAGUCUCAUAUAAAACCAUCAGCCGGAAAGGAGCAGGUAAUGAGUGUGGGUUUGGAAUUAAUGAUCAGUCCUGGAGUCUGAUCCUCUCCAGCUCCAGCUCCAGCUGCUAUUUCUGGCACACUGAUAAACAGACAGAACUCCCUCUAGUGGCCAGCUCUAGAAUAGGAGUGUAUGUGGACCACAGGGCAGGAACUCUAGCCUUCUACAGCAUCUCUGACAAAAUGACCCUCCUGCACAGAGCCCAGACCACAUUCACUCACACACUCUACCCUGGGUUUUAUAUAUCUACUGGAUCAUCAGUAGUGCUGCCGCAAAUAGUUGACUUAGUCGAUGUAAACGACCAUGAAAAUUAGUUUACAGCAAUUUUUUAGUCAACGAGUCAUUUUACUAUUGACCACCUAUUCAUUUUUGGUCUCCUGUAUAUGAUUAUUAAUGAAAGUACAAUGACUGUACAAUGACUGUCUUUUGAUGUUAAACAGGCUACUUAGACUUAGGCAGUAUUGGUUCUAACGCUGCAAUGCACGCAAGUGUAAACAUGAGCAGGCGCGCCUGGAGGUGUAUGGCCGUAUGCACUGUGCGUACAAUCAACUCAACAAUGAGAGAAAAUUUCCCCUGUGUGUAUUCACACCAAGUUGACCUACCAUAACUUCCCAACUCUGCACAGUAUCUCAUUAGCUGCAUGACAGUAGGCUAUUUACACUUUUCUGUAAAGUCUGUAAACACGUUAUCUAAAUCAACUUCUAAAAUGGAUAGUUCCGGUCCUUGAUUAAAAUUGGCUGUAUCGCGUUCAAUGCCGUUGUAAAAUCCAACAUAAACACACACCUUGACCACAUUUCGUUCUAUAGUAAUGCGCUACCACAACUUGAACAAAAGUUAGAGUGGCUGCGUCUCGAUGUUGCAUGGCAACCAUUAUGGAGGAAAUAUAUUUCUUGGCGGAAGAAAUUACUAUCUAUGAAUACAUUGUUACAUUUUUCGUUGCUGUGCCUUUGUUUUAUGAAAUCUUGCAAGAUCGAGGUAGUAGGCCUAACUGUUUUAGAAAAGCAAUAAGCCACUCGAGGCCGUAGUUUACACAGAUUUUAGAACAGCUAAGGGGGGUGGGUGCUGUUCUAAAAUCAGUGUAAACUACGGCCUCGAGUGGCUUAUUGCUUAAUUAAUGCAUUAUGCACACCUUUUGUUUGAGCGGGAGAGACAAUUACAAUGCACACACACAGCAAUACAGAUGCUGUAGUCUAGGCUACUUGUUGCUGUCUUUUUCUAGCACACACUGGUCAAAGCCUUACACCACGGUUAACUAGAACAAAAAUAAAGGUAGGCUACAUUUAACUGUAGGUUUGUAUGAAGUUGGACAAAUGAAUAGGUCGUUAUUAGGCUUUGUUGUAAAGAUAUUGCAUAUGGAUGUAUUAUGUAGACUACUUUUUAGGUAACCAAUCCAUGAAUGAAACCAGGAAAUGGACAAAUUAUCAAUGCUGUGAAUGUAGGGAAAUCAUACUUAGGCUAAGCUUAGAUUGUUAAUAGCCUAGAUAAUGUUUUUGAACAGUUCACUAAUGAGAUUCUAACAAAAGUAAGCUGGUAUUGAUUUGAAGGUUAAGAUUAAAUUGUUUAUGGCACAGGUGACAUUUUACAGAAUGUAUUUUGUGUUCAAAAUAAAAUUGACACCGAAAUAACAAA